CAGAGUCUCAGAAAUAGAGGAAGAGGCAGCCAGAGACAGCAGAGGCAGGAAACAGGCACAAAAAUCUUUAAAAAGGACUAAAGGAAGUGAGGCGUAAGAUAAAGAGAUGGGAGGGGAAAAAUGAGGGAGACCUGGAAUCAAUGACAUGACUCUGGAGGGCUGUGGAGACUCCCUACCUCAAGACAGUAGUGUUUUCUAAAUCAGCAUAACUCCGAGUCAACAUGUAGACGCUCUACGGGGCUCCAAUUAAAUCACCCCACUUUCUCUUUUCCCUCCCCACCAACAGAAUUCCUUUUAGCCUGCAUGUCUGAAGGGACAAAUCUUGAAUUUUUUUGAGAAAUCUGGGAUGCUUCUGAGACGUAGAUGCAGAGCAGGCUGUUCUGUCAUGGUGGCGACCCAAACUGACAGAACCGAGGACAGAGUGGACUGCUCAGAGGCGGACCCGUCUCCUGCCAUGCACAGGAAUUCUCUGCUCGAUAUUAAGGUCAGUUAAGAUAUCGACCCAUUCUAAUAAGAGCUGUUAUCCAAUCCUGCGAUUGAGUUUCAUCGUUUUGUGUGAGAGUAAAGCAAUAUCUUAAAGUUCAGUGAUUUUUUUUUACUGCUUUCCGAGCUGACACUGUCAGCGAUGAAAAGAAGUCACAGUGGUUAAGCCAACUGUGUUUGUUUACAAAUGUGAUGAACUUAGAAAGACUCAGCCAUCGCGGUGUUUUUUGAUUCAAAGCAACAGAUGAACUGUAAGCCAUAAAAACUACUGAACUCGCACACAAGCCAUAACCAUCACAGAAUAUUUAUCUCUGCUGUCUCUACUGUGCUUCAUAUUGACAAGAAUCCUGUGCUUAAGCGUCCGCGUGACCGUCAGACGCUUUAACCUAAGAAAAGAGGGUUUUGUGACAAGUGCUUCCUGAACCACAGCAAGAGAGCAGCCGUCCUGCUGUCAGCUUCACAAAAGCAGACAAACACCAUGAGUGGAGGAAGCAGAGCCCCAGCCUGACCCGACCAUCGAUUGUUGCUAAAACCGAGUGCUUUACCUACCUGGACAGUAUAGACUGUGGGUAAACACAGAAUCACCCACUGAAGUGAAAAGACAGGAAAAGAGGAAGGGUAGCUCCUUCUCUCGUUCCACCCGCCCGAUAGUCAGACUGGACGACUCAGCCAUGGCGUUCACCUUUGCGGCCUUCUGCUACAUGCUCACCUUGGUCCUGUGCGCUGCCCUCAUCUUCUUCGUCAUCUGGCAGAUCAUUGCCUUUGAUGAGCUCCGCACAGACUUCAAAAACCCCAUCGAUCAGAGCAAUCCCACCAGAGCGAGAGAGAGGAUCCUCAACAUCGAAAGGAUCUGCAACCUGCUCCGGAAACUGGUGGUACCAGAGUACUCCAUCCACGGGCUCUUCUGCAUCAUGUUCAUGUGUGCCAGAGAGUGGGUCACACUUGGCCUAAAUAUCCCGCUGCUCUUCUACCAUCUGUGGAGGUUUUUCCACCGGCCUGCUGAUGGUUCAGAGGUGAUGUACGAUCCUGUGAGCGUGAUGAACGCUGACAUUCUCAACUACUGCCAGAAGGAGUCCUGGUGUAAGCUGGGCUUUUAUUUGAUCUCUUUCUUCUAUUAUCUCUACAGUAUGGUCUACGCCUUGGUGAGCUUCUAACAAACACGUGUUCUGAGGAUAUGAAAGGAGAACAGGCAUGAACUCUUCCUCUCUCCACUUGUAUUGACUUUCACCUUUUUGUUUUCUUUUUCAAUCUAAUACUGGACAAAAUAAGUGGAGCAAUCUGAAUGAAUGUGCAUCGAUUUUACCAUUUCACUACCCCAUGCAGCUGCCGGACCGGCUGAAAGACGUUUGGAAGCUUUGUGAAGAAACAAAAAACGAGGACACUGACGCUUGCGAUGCCUUUGACCCAUCAUACGGUUGAACAUUUUUUCUGAAGGGCUGGAUUUUACCACACGCUGCUCGCUCAACUCACUGUGAAUUUCCAAUUUAGGGGCUUGAAUGGAAACAAUUCAUGUCUGUAUUCAAAACGUAUUAAGAGCAGGGUUUGGGUAUGAUCAUGCACACAUGAACCUCUUAGAUCCGACCGAGUUAGAGGUGUUUCUCUGUAAGAAAACAUUUAAAUCCUGCAAAUAAGUUAAAGUGUGGAUGAAUGAAAGUGAAGAACAGACGAUGUUUAUCAGCCUCUGCCAAAUGCCAAUGAAAGAUGAGGGUGAAAUGAACAGCCAGGGACCAAUCCUUAGUUAGACUUUAAUACUACGUUCACACCGGGCAUGUGAUGUGCAAUCAAGAACAUGCUCAAUGGGGGUUCUCUAAUGUGCUUUUAGGACAUGGUGUUCACACUGGAUUGUUGCUACCCAAUACCAGCGCAUGUACCUACAGUUUGAAGAAGCGUGGAGCGAAGCAUCAAAGCGAUGCAAAUCCCGCAAAUCUUGAUCCAGGCUUUUUCUUUCACAGUUCUCAUUCAUCUUCUAAACCAGUUUUGUCCCUUAUGGGGUCGCGAGGCUGCCGGAGCUUAACUCAGCCACUUGUGGGCGAAGGCAGGGGACAUCCUGGACAGGUUGCCAGUUUGUUGCAGGUUCACAAGUUACACAACACUCACAUUCACACCUACAGACAA